CGUCCACGCCUCGAGUACCUGCUCCUCUCUGACCUGCCCGCGUAUCAAGCCCACUACACCUCUAUUCAAAAGAAGCCAUGAAGUACGCUAGUCUCGUCCUCGCUGCCUGUCUGGCCCUUUUUACUUUCUCGGACGCCGCCCCCCUUAUUAAGAGCAACUCUGGAAAGCCCAUCCCUGACUCGUACAUUGUUAUCCUAAAGGGCGGCAAAAAUGUCACUGAUUUUGUUACCAAGUUCGAGGCCCUUGCCGUUGCCCAGGACGGUCGCGGUCGCAAGUCUACCAUCGAUCGCCACUAUCCUUCCCUUCAGGGCUUCUCCGCAACGAUCAACGCCGCUGCUCUGAAGGAACUCCUUGCCUCUGAUGAGGUUGAAUAUGUCGAGCAGGAUCACAUCAUUACUCUGGAUGUCUCACUCCAGCCCAACCCUCCCUCCUGGGGUCUUCCUCGUAUCUCGGAACGCAAGAACCGACUCAAUGUUCCCUACCUCUACCAGGAGCAGGCCGGCUCGGGCGUCACAGCCUAUGUGAUUGACACCGGCAUUUACGUAGACCACAACGGUUUAAAAGGUCGUGCGUCCAUGGGUGCCAACUUCAUCGCUGGCUCACCCAACACAGACGAGAAUGGCCACGGUACGCAUGUCUCAGGAACUAUCGGUGACACCAAAUAUGGCGUUGCCAAGAAGGUCAAACUGGUCGGCGUCAAGGUCCUCAAUGCCGAGGGUUCUGGUGCUUAUUCCGGCGUUAUUGCCGGCAUGGACUGGGUCAUUCAACAUGCCCGUGGUACCAAGGCUGUUGUCAACAUGUCCCUCGGUGGUCCAAAGUCCAUGGCUAUUGACAGCGCCGUGAACCGCCUCUACGCUGCCGGCAUCCCCGUCAUCGUAUCUGCCGGUAAUGAGGCGGACGUGGAUUCAUGCACCAGAUCUCCUGCUGGCACCCAGGGAGCCUUCACAGUUUCCGCUUCGGACAUUAAAGAUCGGGUUGCGAGCUUCGCGUCCUGGGGCAGCUGUGUUAAAAUUUUUGCACCUGGUGUUGAAAUCACGUCUGACUGGAUCGGUAGCCCCUCCGCCAUCCGCACCAUCUCCGGCACCUCGAUGGCCACCCCUCACGUUUCCGGUGUCGUCGCCCUCUUCCUGAGCAUCGACUCAUCCUUAACCAGUCCACACCAUGUUUAUCAGAAGCUGCUUAGCGUCAGCACCCCCGGCGUCGUCAAAGGCGACUUGAAAGGCUCGCCAAACCGCUUUCUCUACAACGAUGCCUAAGAAAACUGGUGCCGUCCAUAAUUGCUUGCUAUUCAUUUUAUUUUAUCUUUUAUUUUGCAAGUAGAUCAUGAUUCCCUCGAAAUCAUAAAGAACAUAUAGAAUGAAUCUUAAUAAAAUCCCUUGUGAGGUUUACGAGGC